AUGAUGGACAGCAUCGACAAGGUUGCAAAGUUGAUCCCCAAACUGAAGUAUCAACUAUUAUUUUUGAAAGAGCGUGAAAAACUAUUUAAAGCAAAUGACAAUACAUCUUUCACGAAUGUGGAUUCGCCGUCAGUUAUCCCCAAAGAUCUCAACUCUUCUUCAUCGUCAUCGGAUAAUUUUGUUAUGAGUGAUUCAUCAGGUGUGAAUAUUCAUGAUGGGACAUUAAAUGAAGUACCGAUGGAAGAAAACAUCGACUCGACAUUUCCUGCUGAAUACACUAUUCCACAAUUGCCACAACCUUUGUUACAAGAUAUCGAAGCAGGUGCACUUCAUAAGUUUGGACCUCAUCAUGCUAAUCGACAAGUUCUUAUUGAUGCGAUUACAUAUGAUUUGCUCAACAAAUACAAUUUAUUUUAUCCUAGUCACAAACAAUUCGAUGCUGUUGGAACCGCAAUUGUUCGUUUGUUGAAAUUACCUUUUACCAAAGAUAAUUUAGGAAUUUGGAAGGAAGCUGUGCAGAUAAAACUGAAGAGAAAACGUGGUGAACACAAAGAUCAUGUCGAAGUACAAUAUCAUCUAAUGAAAUAUUCGAAAACAGGUUCUGGUAGACCUGUAAAAACAAUGUUUGGUGAAGUUGCAGCUCGUGACCGACAAAAACAAAUUCUGACAAUGAAUUACGACAAUGAUUUAUUCAAUAGUAUCAAGAUAAAAUCUCGGGAAUUGCGCGAUAACAGUCGUAUCGAUCGUGAUGCACAAGUUCGUCUAUGGAAAGAAACACUUCAUGUUCGACGAAAAUUGAUUCGUGAUCUACCUACAUCGGCAAUUCUUGAAGAAUAUCCUGGGUACAAAGAUUCUUUUCUCAUUUUCGAGGAAAUCCGAUUGACUAUGGAAGUGGAUUUGCGUUCUGUUGUACGCUACCAAGUGCCAAUCCUAUUGCAGAAAUUGUUGUCCUCGCCUGCUUUCAUCACAGACCCACCUCCGAUUCAACUUAUUCGAACACUUUGUCGACAAUUUGGCGAAACAGUUCAUCAUAUCUAUUCCGAUUCAACACCAUCAACGCCGUACCCAACUUUAGUUCUCAUGAAUGACGUUAUUCAUGUUUUUGUCGACUUCGUUCCGAUUGUGUCAUCAACUUCUCCAGACGAUAGUCUAGCUCUUCUUUUGGCAAUGUAUGCUGUAUUCGAAUUAAACUUCAACAAAAACAGCCGUACAAUUCGCUUAUUAUAUGCUAUUGUGUUUGGUGAUAAACGAUUUAUUUCAAACAGUAUUCGCAAUUUGGUCAAAGAAAAACAAAUCCAUAUAUCCUUUGAACAAAAUCGAACAAUUUCGAACUUAACAAAUUCAGUUACAGUCAAUUUGACAGCAACAGCAACUACAACAUCACCACCACCACUAACACCACAUGCGAAUUCUCAAGUUGUGUCUCAAGGUCAGCAUGCGUCAUCUCCGUUAUCUCCUACAAAUGUGAUCGUUGGUGAUUCGGCAGUUGAUAAUGAAUCGAUCGACACGAAUGUCAACUUGCAAAGCAAUUUUGGCACAGAUGUCCAGCAAGCCUCGUCGUCUUCGAAUGUUGUGACUAGCCGAAAGCGAACACGCAAAGCAUUAACUCAAGUACCAAAAGGCAAAGAAAACUGUGUUUCAUUUGAUGAUGACAAUGAUGGUGAACAUGAACAUGAACAUGAUCAAAAUCAAGUUAUCUGUUCCGUUGGCUCUCAAUUAUCUUCAAGUGUUCGACAAAUAAGAAAAAGAAAACGCCGUUGUUAA